AAGCAGUCUCAGAUCCUGACGGUGCAGCAGCCCGCAGCCUCAGCUAGAGAGUCCCAGCCGCUUUCAAUGGAGGAGAAGCCCAGCCAGCCACAGCCUCAGCACCAUCACAGCCACCACCAUCCGCACCAUCACCCCCAGCAGCAACAGCAGCAGCAGUCGCACCACCACCACCAUUAUUAUUUCUACAACCACAGCCACAACCACCAUCACCACCACCAUCACCAGCAGCCUCACCAAUACCUGCAGCAUGGAGCCGAGGGCAGCCCCAAGGCCCAGCCAAAGCCGCUGAAACAUGAGCAGAAACACGCCCUCCAGCAGCACCAGGAAACGCCGAAGAAGAAAACAGGCUAUGGUGAACUAAAUGGUAAUGCUGGAGAAAGAGAAAUAUCUUUAAAGAACCUGGGUUCUGAUGAAGCCACCAACCCUAUUUCCAGGGUCCUCAAUGGCAACCAACAAGUUGUAGACACUAAUCUGAAGCAGACUGUAAAGUCCAGCACCUUUGGGAAAGCAGGAAUUAAAACCAGGAAUUUCAUUCAGAAAAACAGUAUGGACAAAAAGAAUGGGAAGUCUUAUGAAAAUAAAUCCGGAGAGAACCAAUCUGUAGACAAGACUGAUACCGUAGCAAUUCCAAAUGGUGUUGUAACAAAUAAUUCUGGCUAUAUUGCUAAUGGUUAUAUGGGCAAAGGAGCAGAUAAUGAUGGUAGUGGAUCUGAGAGCGGAUAUACCACUCCUAAAAAAAGGAAAGCUAGGCGCAAUAGUGCCAAGGGUUGUGAAAACCUUAAUUUAGUGCAGGACAAAAUAAUGCAACAAGAGACCAAUGUCCCAACCUUAAAACAGGGACUUGAAACUUUCAAGCCUGACUACAGUGAACAAAAGGGAAAUCGAGUAGAUGGUUCAAAGCCCAUUUGGAAGUAUGAAACUGGGCCUGGAGGACCAAGUCGAGGAAAACCUGCUGUGGGUGAUAUGCUGAGGAAAAGCUCUGAUAUUAAGCCUGGUGUGAGCAGCAAAAAGUUUGAUGAUCGGCCCAAAGGAAAGCAUACUUCUGCUGUUGCCUCCAAAGAGGACUCGUGGACCCUAUUUAAACCACCCCCAGUUUUUCCAGUGGACAAUAGCAGUGCUAAAAUAGUUCCUAAAAUAAGUUAUGCAAGCAAAGUUAAGGAAAACCUCAACAAAACUGUACAGAACUCUUCCGUGUCACCAUCUUCAUCUUCAUCCUCUUCGUCAUCUACUGGGGAAACUCAGACCCAAUCUUCAAGUCGAUUAUCCCAGGUCCCUAUGUCAGCGCUGAAAUCUGUUACUUCGGCCAGCUUCUCUAAUGGGCCAGUUUUAGCAGGGACUGAUGCAAGUGUGUAUUCUCCUGGGGGUCAGCCACUGCUAACUACUGCUGCUAAUACUCUAACACCCAUCUCUUCUGGGACUGAUUCAGUUCUCCAAGACAUGAGUCUGACUUCAGCAGCUGUUGAACAAAUUAAGUCCAGCCUUUUUAUCUACCCUUCAAAUAUGCAAACUGUGCUGUUGAGCACAGCACAAGUGGAUCUACCCUCUCAGACAGAUCAGCAAAACCUGGGGGAUAUCUUCCAGAAUCAGUGGGGUUUAUCAUUUAUCAAUGAGCCCAGUGCUGGCCCUGAGACUGUUAUUGGGAAAUCAUCAGAUCAUAAAGUGAUGGAGGUGACAUUUCAAGGGGAAUAUCCUGCCACUUUGGUUUCACAGGGUGCUGAAAUAAUCCCCUCAGGAACUGAGCAUCCUGUGUUUCCCAAGGCUUAUGAGCUGGAAAAACGGACUAGUCCUCAAGUUCUGGGUAGCAUUCUAAAAUCUGGGACUACUAGUGAGAGUGGAGCCUUAUCCUUGGAACCCAGUCAUAUAGGUGACCUGCAAAAAGCAGACACCAGUAGUCAAGGUGCUUUAGUGUUUCUCUCAAAGGACUAUGAGAUAGAAAAUCAAAAUCCUCUGGCGUCUCCUACGAACACUUUGUUAGGCUCCGCCAAAGAACAGAGAUACCAGAGAGGCCUAGAAAGGAAUGAUAGCUGGGGUUCUUUUGACCUGAGGGCUGCUAUUGUAUAUCACACUAAAGAAAUGGAAUCUGUUUGGAAUUUGCAGAAGCAAGAUCCCAAAAGGAUAAUCACUUACAAUGAAGCCAUGGAUAGUCCAGAUCAAUGAAGGACCAGACUGCCUAUUUGUAACCUUUCUGCAGCAUUAGAGCCACCGUUCAUGGGGGACACAAGGCUUUUAUGCUCCUAGAUCUUCAACGCAGCAGAGGAACCAUAAGUAGAAUCACAGGAUAAUAUAUACAAAUAUAUAUAUAUAUACAUAUAUAUAUAUAGUUAUUUAAAAAAAGGCACCUGAAAGUAAUUAGACUUCUUAAGGAAUCAAAUUUAUUUCAAGAGACUACACAUGGUUAUUUAAUCUCUGGUACUGAAUAGUUUUUUUUCUUUUUUCUUUUGUUAGUUUUCGUUUUUAAGUGUGAAUGCAAGUGAUUAAUGAAUAUGGACUUAUUAACAAGCGUGGUUCUAAAGUUCCUGCUGUCAUCAACUUGGGCAACAAAUGACCCACUGGAAAGGCAAAUCCACUUAAAAGAUCUCUGUAUCUUGUUCUGUGACUAAAGUGAUACACUAAUCACGGGGAACCCAGAAUGAUUCAACAUUUUUCCCCACUCCUCCCUUGAUCUUUUGGUUAUACUAUGAGCCCUGCGAGAAUGCUGGAUAAAAUGCCUUGAAGUUUGCAGGGGUGUAUUUUUUUAGAGAAUAUGAUUUGCAUGUCUUGCCAGGAGCUAAGCAGCCUCUGUGGGGUGUUGGGGAAAUAUUUUCUUUCUUUCCUUUUAUUUUUUUGUGGGGUGGGGAUAGGGGAGGGCAUUGAAGUUCUACAGUUCUGGAAUAGUUGGUGGUACAUAGUUCACUUGGCUUUGGUUACAUAUUGGACUUUAAUAAGUAAAGAAUCCAUGAGUGUCAUUUAAAGAAAAGUUACAGAACAAACAAUUGGCUUUAGAUAUUUAAUAUGGAAAAAUACUCCUGUGCCCAUAUUUUAAUGUAAUUGUGUAAGUGGGAGCAAAAAUAUAUUCUGCUUUUCAACUGUAGGUGCUCCGGACUUGCUCUCUGUCACUAACACUAAAUGUGCUGUUUUUCUUGUUUUUCAUCAAACAUCUGAAGAGAAGCUUCUGUACCUUUCUGUAAAUUCUCUUUUAAUUUCUCAGAAAUAAUCUAAAGGGGGAAGAAAAAAGUCCAUGAAAACUAUGAAACUUCAUGUUUUUAGCCAGUGAGGAGGUAAUAAACCCUGCCUAUAGAAGGUGUGUUUCCAUUCAGACUAUACUUCUGAGCUUAUUAGCUUCUGAUUAUAUCUUAAUAAAUAUAUUUUAAUACUAGAGCAAAUGGGUUUUUUAAAGAAAAUAAUGUGAAAUUCUGGAAAUUUUCUUUUGGGCAGAGAAGAGCAUUAGCCUUGUCUUAUCACAUUACCAUCCUGUUGCACUGCAGCUUGUAUAUAGCAUGCUAAAAUAAAUUUUUUUGUGUGUGCAGAAACUAAGGGUCCAAUUUAAGAUUGGGUGGUGUUAGUGGCGUAAAAACAAGUUCUCUGGCCUGACAUAGCAUUGCGUCACACACACAUAGAAAUUAGUAUAUCCAUGUAUGUCAAAUACAGGUUAAAAUAGCAGGGCAUUUAUAUAGAGAGAUGUAGUCUUCUAAUAAAAGUAGACUGGAUCCCCAGGGGUAUUUGGGGAGAAAGUAACUACUUUUGCUCAACCCUUUUGCUUAAGAAAUGUCCAGUUUUGAGCGACUGUAGUAUGGAUGAGUUUUCUUGUUUUGUUGAUUAUUUGAGGCUUUUAACAAGUAGUUUGUGAAAGAAGCUGUUGGACUCAGCAUAGAGUAGAGAAAAUACCUUUAUAGUCUGGAUUUCUGCCCUGCUUAGAUUUUAAAAGUAUAAGCAUGGAUUGCCAAUUCCACUUGAUGUAAACAAAACUUUUAUACAUAAUAUAUAUAUAUAAUAACUUAUUGUAUCAGUCCAGGUUCAGAAACUUGUGGUAGGCCAGUUCCAGAUAGUUUCAUUUCCCCUGUAAACUGUAUCACUUUUACAGAUAUUGUAAUUUUCAAAUGUAUAAUAUGUUUACAGAUGUGCCCUGCAUUUAGUCUGCCUUGUUCUAUUUUGAUUUUUGUUGAGUCUCCUGCCUGCUUGCCAAAAGCUAGGAUGCUUCAGGCCCAUGUACAAUUGAAAGCAGAGGCAUCCUUGAGCUUUAAAGCAUUGAACAAACUGGAAAAUGCAUACCACAUACUGAAGUGAAAGAAGUCUGUGUUUUUGUGUUUUUUUUUAAAUAAAAAUUUUCAAAAGGUUAAAAAAAAGAUACAAGGUUGAUUAAAGGAAAAAAAAAGGCUCCAGUUUGUUUUACAGGUUUUAAAGUUCUGCUGUGUGUUCAAUUGCCUUGUGUAACCACUUGUCGCCUUAGGGCCAGAUUCUCUCCCUCUCCCCUUGUCACCCUCCUUUUUUUAAACAUCCAUUUUGCUUACCUGGAAUUUGAAAGCUCUUCUGUGUCACAACUCACAAGAAACUUUCUGGGUUUGUGAUAUACAGAGGUUGAAUGAAUAUAUAUUUUAAAAGGAAAAAAAAAAAAAACAGCCCGCAUCUGAAUUUUUAAUUUAGAAGCAACACUUACUUGAAAAUACCUUUUGAAAGUUGUCAUUGCUUUCCUACUUCCCUUCCACAUCCCUCAGGCCUCCAUGUUUAGAGAAGCCAAAAAGAGAAUGUACCCCAUCUUUGUGUCUGUCCAAGGUUUUUGAGUCUCACUUCUAAAUGAAACGAUGCAACAUUUCACUUUGAUUUCCCCACUGAAAUUUCCUUGAUUAUAUGGUUAGAGGUAUAGAGUUAGGGAUGUCUCUUAACCUUCUGGAACCCUAGUGCCCCAUAAUUAACUGUCAGUAUUUUGGGGGCAUUGGGUUAAUGGACUUACUUGCCUAGGUACAAGCAGGACUUUUGAGACAUGUCUCCUUUGUGCUGUUUGGUAACACUUAACUCUACUUGUCGCAAUCUUUCUUAGGUCCUCACACAAUUCCUUACAGAGCACUUAUUAAAAAAAGAAAAAUCUUAAGAGUUGAUGUUUUCUGAUUAUUUUGUGUAAGCUUCAGCUGUGAUUAAUUUAGCACAUUUAAAUAACAUUGAUGUGUUAUUGUUCGGUAUAAAGAAUUUUUCUUCAACUCAGAGUAUUAGUACUGUAGCAUAAACCAAAUACAGUCUAGAGGGGAUUUUUAACAUCCCUCCAUUAUAAAGACUGAAAAGGUGUGUGUCUGUGUGUGUGUUUGUUGAGUGCUUGUGUGUGUGAGAGAGAGGGAGAUAUUAAAAAUUAGUAAAUGAAUGUGUGUAAGACAUUAUAUUAGUAUUCAGAGAAUGAACUUGUAUUUAUUUUGUGCCAUUUGUUUUCAUUACACAGAAUAAAGUCAGGUGGUUUUAAUCCUUAAAAGGGUAGUAUUUGAAAAAUGGCACUAAGAAUGAAAUCAUGACCUAUUUUUUUAAUAGCUAUGAAGAUACUAAUUAAGGGUGAAGAUUUCUUUUUAAAUCUGUCUUGAUUGUAGGUGUCUGUCACAUACCACUCUCUUGUAGAUGUCUUGAAUAAUUCCCCUUCCCCACAAAAGACAGGGUGUAUUUAUCUUUCUCUUCAUUCACCCCACUUUGCUGAACUGAAGUUAAUUCCAUAGCCUUUCCUCUGACUUCAGUAAUAAUGAGCUUUCACAUACAAUGUAUUUACAGCAUCUGUAGUCAGCCCUUCCUCCUCCUCUACUUUCUAGGAGUGGAUAGACAAUAACUAGGAAUUUGUUAAUGGCAGUUUGUUUUUCCUUAAAUAGCUGGAGAGGUUUAGAAUUUUGCUGUUUUCCUUAAUCAUCUGCUUACCCUAAUCAUCACAGAAUCUGCAAAAACUUUAUAAAGGAAAAAAAGUGCUGCAUUGUUUUUUCAAAUAACCGUUUCUAGGGAAAAUAUGACAAACCUCAAUGAGUGUUGUCCACAGUACAAAAUGUGUUUCUUUCACAAAACAUUACAUAGCAGUGGUAGUUCCGUACUUGGUUGUUAGGCUUGUUGCUAACCCAGUUGGAGGCAUCUAAUGGUUUAUUUUUUGCUGUAAACUUUUUUUAGUGAAAUUGUAUGUCAUGUACCAAAUGGCCACAGUCAAGGAAAUUUAGAAGAGGACUUUGAAUAAGGAGGAAGUCAUUCUUUCAAGGCUUUCUUCCUCAAGUUCUAGAAAUAGAUUAAAAGUCUACACUUUCCAAGGAUUAUGAGAAUAGUUAUGCCACUGAGCCAUAUCCUCAAAUAACACAUGAUCCCUCUUGUAUACCUGUGCUAACUGUGUAAAACAGACACUAUAGUGGGACAAAUACAUAUUAUGAUCAGGUCUGUUAAUGCUGCACCAGUUGUAGAUUCUGAUCAGGCAGUGUCUUUUAAUAGUCCUACCCAUAAUUUUACUGUUGAAUUUUUAAAAGAAAGGGUAGAAUUUGCUCAGCUUUUUUCCCCCCAAAAUGUUGAUAUUUGUUUAAAGGGGAGGGGCAGAGGAUAAGACUAAAAGAAUAAUAACUGCUUUAUGUUUGCAGAGGUGCAUUAGGUUAUCAUUAGUUCUUAAUAUUGAUGUUAUUUUCAUUAAUGUAAUUAAUUGACAGAGCACCAGGAUUCUUUUAUUUUGAGAAAGAUGGGCUUCUGCUUUAAGUAUCUUAAAAUGUUUCUAUUUAAAUAUACAUCAAUCUGUUCAGAUGUGUGAGAACCAGGACCACCCUGGGUUGGUUUAAAGAAUGAUGAAUCAUUGGCUUCACUGAAAAGCAAAAUUUCACUUCACUCAAAAUUUACCGAGUUUUAAACUAAAUUUCACACCAUUUUGCUACUCAAGAAGGGUCUUACGAAUAAAUAGAGUUUUAAGUUGUCUACACGAUAAAAACACUCAGUGAAGCAUGAAUGGUAUAUUGCUUUUGCAUUACUGGGAGUGUCAAAUAGCAGUUAUGUGCUAGAAACCUAUGGAACAGCCAUCCUCACAAGUGGGUUUGCUGAUUCAGACUUCCCUAUUUAUCCGUAAGAUUUUGUUUAUGUCCAGAGUUCUAAAGCCAUUUUAUAGUACUGCAGUAUCCCUUUUCUGCAGCCUUAUUAAAAUAGCUACAGACAUUUUCCAAUUCAGUUUCACUUUGAUUGCAUAUCAAAAUUUUACUCUGUAGACCAACAAAACCAACUUGAGGUAAAUUGCAGAGCUUUCCAUAAAUCCUUUUCUCCUCAGGUGCUAAACAAAGGCUCCAAAAAUGGAUACUGCUUUAGUAAUGUCUGCUUUAUUCUUAAAUAUUUCUUUUGCUAGGUGUAAAGAUUUGGUGUUAACAAAAGUGGUUUAAUAUGUAAAUAUGAAUGAAUGCCUUUAGUUUACUCCUGUUUGUUUCCUUUAUCCUCCAUGGAGGAGGAUCCUUUCAUGAUAAUGAAUACAUUUCAUUAGGUAUUGUUGCAUUUUUAGGAUGAGAAUACAACUAUUUUCUGUCUUGGAUUAAUCCUGCUGCUGCUAUGAGAAACUGAAAAAUCAAGAAUGUGAUGCACUUUUUACAUUACUAUAUACCAUACCUUUAUAGGUUGCUUUGAUACCUUUCCUGUAGCACAGCCACUAACAAAAGUGAAUGAAUUUAAAAAUUCUCUUUGGGAGGGAAUCAGUACAAAUUAUUUAUGGUAUUGGCCUAUGAAGGACAUUAACUUAGGGAAAUACAAAUUCUGUUAGUAUUACACGUUUUGGCCUUAAAAUGUCUUCUACUACUGAAAAUCUUAAAUCUUAAUUUUGCUUCUGUUAUUAUUCCCUCUGCCUCAAAAAGAGGAGUUGGGAAGAAUGGCUUAAAGGAAGUAUCAUUGGUUUGUUGCUGAUCUUUUAGAAAGAAAACAAUUGUCUACUAUAUAUACUGGGAGCUUAUUUUUGUUUGUAUACAGAGGAGAAAUAAUGUUGCCCCAAGCCAAUCCGAUUUAGUUUAAUCAAAUCAAUCAGAACCAGCUAUUCUUCUCUAGCGUACUUUUACUUAGGAAAGAUAAACUUAUGCUACUUUACAAGAGGAAAAGUCAUUUCUCAAGCACGUACUCAAACUUGAAGGAGAUUGAACCCAAUAUGAUGGAGGAAAAACACCAAAUGGGGUGGAAGAAUAUGAGAGAGAGAUGUGGUCCAAAGCUAUCUGAUUAUAUUUUGAUGUUGCCAAUAUUGCAAAGCCAAAAUUUUAAUUUGCUUAUUUAAUAUAUUUGUUGGCCAGAGAUCUAUUUUUAUAUCAAUGUGCCUUGCAUGUAUAUUAAAAAAAAAUUGGAAAGGCCAUGUUACAAUGCCUGAGAUAGUUGAUGGUUCUUACCACCUCACUAAUUUUUAUGCAGUAUGAAAUGCUCAUUCUAUCACCCAACUGGUGCUCUCUGUUUAAAAGUUACAGAUCUUGUCACAAACUGGAACUAUUUUAUAAACUGGGAAGUGAUUUGAUUUACUUUUUUGGUUGUAUCUUUUCCUUUUUUUUUUUUUUUUCAGUUCUUAGUCUGUUAGUGGCUGUUCUGUAGUGGGAAAUAGUAAAAGGAUUCUUCACUUUCUUUCCCUCCCCGCUCAGCACCUUCUUCAAGUAAUGUGAUGACACCAUUUCUUGUGUGCUUUGAAAGAAGUUUCAGCUUGCUGUUUCCUUUAGUGUUAUAAAAAGCAUUGUUUGCAAAAUCUAGGGAGAUAAUGGAGUCCACUUUCAUUUGGAAUUCUAUGUGAGCUAUGAUCCAAGUUAUUGGCUCUUUCCAACUUUAAAAUUUUUUAUUGUUAAAGCACCUUGCUUAGAAAAUUUUAAAUAUUUAUGUCUGCAACAAUUGUCUCAAAAUAAUGAACUGUGCAAUUCUGUCAUUAAAAAAAAGAAAAAAAAGAUCUGAACUCUCCCUACUGUGACUUGUUAGUUUCUCUGUAUUUCCUGCCAGUGUAAAUGUGAAAAGCUUUGCUUGCAUUACGUUUUAGAAAUGCAUUUUGCACACUCGAAUUUUGCCGAAGCUCCAUGAAAAGGUUAGAUCUAAGUAGAUGAAUAAAGCUAUGCACAUGUCUUGAAAGUUUAAUUUGUGUGUCAUUACCAAAAGUGACCUAUCCUUAUUACUUUGCUGCUCUUAGCUUUACCGUGUUUAGAAACAUGGCUCAAAGUUAGAGUUCUGGGCUAGCUCAUCAGUGGAACUAGAAGAGAGGAAAAUUGGCACCUAUUUUAAUAACAUAGGUUUAAAAUGAGAGCUUGACUCAUGUCUACUAAAGGGCUUUUUUUUGAAACGGCAGUUUUAUCAGCUUUCCAAACUGUUGGAUACUCUUCAAUGAAAUUUUCGUUGAUUUGAUCAAAUAGAAAUGGGAAGUAAUUGAAACUGAAGUGAAGGAAGGACCUUUGCCACAUGGAGUUCUGUGACAAUUCUAUAUUAAACCUCUAAACCUGGUUUAAAGGUAGGAUAGCCUUUUUACCUUUGCUUUAGCAUAAAUUUGGUUUACUGAAUGAAUGACUGACUUGAGAUAAGAAUCAUUCAAUUCUUUAAAGAUCAAAGCACAGGUUAAAGAUGAUGUGUAUCUUUUUAAAACUGCCCAAGCUGAUUAGAACAGGUUAGAAACUGAGCUGAUUUGGUUUAAUUGCUGCAGUCUGCAUGUACUAAAUAGCUUUACUUCACAUGUAUGUGUACUUAAAGGUUGUGUAGAUGUACUGGCCAGGUUUUGUCAAAUCAUCUUCUAAAAGAUUGUUUUAUAUUCUCUUCCGGACCUUUGUAGAAGAGGCUAAUAUGUUUAAGUAGAGAUAAUACUAAUGGUAUUUUCCCCUUGCUCCUAGAUAUAAAAGAAAUAUUUCUGUUUUAUAGCUUUUUCCUAUGUAUAGAAUAUUACUUCUCUAUCAUCAAGUGUGCUCUUAAUGUAUGUUGUUGUCUUUGAAAACACAGCAAAACCCUUCUAUACCUUCACUGAAAGUGACAGUUAAAAUCUAAGUCUACUAAUCAAGAUGUGAAAGGUGGCCCAUAAUGCAUGGCCUUAAAAGGCAUGAAUGCAGGAGUAUAGCAUCAUCUUUGAUGGCUAUGACUACUCCUCAGCAUCUGUCAGUGGUUCACAUGUUCAGUCUUAGAACAUUAUUGGAGGAGCAAAGUAAUUUCUGUGUCUUGUGUGCAUCAGCACUUAGGAGCUGAGUUACCUCUUAAUCUGGGGGAAAGGACAAUUAAUGGGCUACAAUUAUGUUAGAGGAUUUUUUUCCUUCCAUCUCCCAAUUUAAAAAAUGUUUUUUCAGUGUUUGUUUUGACCAGUCCAGAAUGAUAGGCCUUUUCUAGAUACAAGAACAGUGGCCAGAAAUUUACCCUUUUGCUAAAUGCUUAGGUAUUUGCCAUAGCUGUUUCUGAUGUCAUGGAUUCUGAGGAAGUGUCAGUUACAUGAUGAUCUUCCUUUAUUGGUGUCUUACUUCAUGUUCAGUGUUUUAAAAAUACAAAUUACAAACACUCUACAUCCAUACCCAGAUUUACUUAUUUUAUCAGGAAAAAAAACUUGAGAAAUUUGUAGAUCAAAUUAAGAGACAAUAAGUGUACAUUGUUGAAUAAAAAAUUUUAAAGUUUC